UCAUGGGGGUCCUAGUUAGGGUAUGCCACCUAAUUUUGCUUCUGGAAGGUGCUCCUUGGGAGAUUCCUGUCAGGUGCUAGUACAGUGCUAGAGUUUUUGCAGACACAUCUUUUUGAGGGUGCAUCACCUGAUACAUUGAGAUAUAUAUGGCGGCCAUUAUUUCAAGUCAUGUGCCUGUUCUCUGGUCUCUCACUUUCUGUGUGGUCCCAUGUGGUGAGGUUUUCUUGCAGACCACAUCUUCCUUCCUGGGACUUUUCAGUGGUCAUGGAGAGUCUGCUUCAAGCCAUUACAAGAACAGCAGCUACUUUGUUGAAUGGAUCCCCAACAACGUGAAGACUGCUGUGUGCGACAUCCCAUCCUGUGGCCUGAAGAUGGCUGCCACCUUCAUUGGGAACAGCACCGCUAUCCAGGAGCUGUUCAAGCGCAUCUCCGAGCAGUUCACAGCCAUGUUCAGGCGCAAGACUUUCCUGCACUGGUACACAGGUGAGGGCAUGGAUGAGAUGGAGUUCACAGAGGCUGAGAGCAACAUGAAUGACCUGGUGUCAGAGUACCAGCAGUACCAGGAUGCAACUGCUGAAGACGAAGGAGAGUUUGAGGAGGAGGGAGAAGAGGAGCUGGCUUAAAUAUAUAUCUUUUGUCAGUCAUUUUUUCCAUGUUUGUUCUGUUCACAACUUUCCUUUAUUUUUCCCUUUCCAUAGAACAUGUUGUUGGUGUUAAAGGAACAGCCCUCUCCUGGCUCAGGUCUUAUUUGACUGACC